CUUUGCUAACAGCACAGCACAGCACAGCACCCCGCUUCGGUAACAUUCCCAAAAUCAGGAGCUGCAGCUAGUAUUUUCAGGAGGUUUCCGGUUUAUAAGUUGGGUUUACUUCCUACAGGAUUCCAAAUCUAGGGUUUUAUAUUUUCAGCUUUGGGGAGAUUGAGGAUCGGAAAGAUGGAUGACAGUUCGGAGAUUCAAAAGUUGAAAGAAGAGAGGCAAAAAAUGGAGAAGGACCUUGCUGCUCUCACUUCUUUGACCUUUGACACUGAUCUCUAUAGUUCGAACAAGUUUGAAGGCUAUGAACAAUCUAUAGCUGUGAAUGAGGAUGAUGAUAAUGCGGAUCCAGCUGAGAAUGAGAUUGCUCGAAAAAUGGCAUCAUUUACUGCUCCAAAGCAGUAUUUUAAGGAGACUCUGAGGUCUGGGGAAGAGGAUGAGAUGUCUGGGUUCAAGCAGCCAGGCAAGAUUAUUGACCGUGAAGAUGAUUAUAGGAGGAGGAGGUUGAAUAGGAUUAUAUCUCCAGAGAGGAAUGAUCCUUUCCAGGACAAGACCCCUGGUCCUGAAGUGAGGACUUAUGUUGAUGUGAUGAAGGAAGAAGCGCUGAAGCGCAAGGAAGAGGAGGUGAGGAGGGAGAUAGCAAAAAGAAAGAAGGAAGAGGAGGAGAACAAGGAGAAGGAGAAAGAUGUGGAGAAGCCAAAGAAGAGGAAUAGAUGGGAUAUGUCCCAAGAUGAGAAUGCUGGUGGUGCAAAGAAAUCUAAGGCAGCAUCUGACUGGGAUAUGCCCGACUCAACUCCUGGAAUUGGGAGGUGGGAUGCAACACCAACUCCUGGGAGGAUUGGGGAAGCAACACCCUCGGUCUCUAGGAAAAAUAGAUGGGAUGAAACUCCAACCCCUGGGCGCCUUAAUGAUUCAGAAUCAACUCCUGCCGGAGGUGUUACACCUGGAGCAACGCCUGCAGGAAUGGCUUGGGAUGCCACUCCUAAGCUGGGAGGGCUAGCCACUCCGACCCCAAAACGGCAGAGAUCGAGGUGGGAUGAGACUCCAGCCACUAUGGGCAGUGCUACACCUGGUGCAACACCUGCUGCAGCUUAUACCCCUGGUGUCACUCCAUUUGGGGCUGUUGACAUGGCUACGCCCACACCAAAUGCUCUUAUGCGAGGCGCAAUGACUCCUGAACAGUAUAAUUUGUUAAGGUGGGAGAAGGACAUUGAGGAUAGGAAUAGGCCAUUGACUGAUGAGGAGCUGGAUUCAAUGUUUCCAGAAGAAGGGUAUAAGAUUCUGGAACCCCCUGCCUCUUAUGUUCCUAUCCGAACUCCUGCACGGAAGCUUCUUGCUACCCCGACUCCAAUGGGGACACCUCUUUAUAACAUUCCAGAAGAGAAUCGAGGACAACAAUUUGAUGUGCCUAAAGAGUUGCCAGGAGGUUUGCCGUUUAUGAAACCAGAAGAUUAUCAGUACUUUGGCUCGCUGCUGAACGAAGAAAAUGAGGAGGAGCUAUCUCCAGAAGAGCAGAAGGAGCGUAAGAUCAUGAAACUCUUGCUAAAAGUUAAAAAUGGAACUCCUCCACAGAGAAAGACUGCUCUGAGACAGCUUACAGAUAAGGCAAGGGAAUUUGGUGCUGGGCCUAUGUUCAACCGUAUUCUGCCACUGCUCAUGCAGCCCACUUUGGAAGAUCAAGAGAGACACUUGUUGGUGAAAGUUAUUGACAGGGUGCUUUACAAGUUGGAUGAACUGGUUCGUCCAUAUGUCCACAAAAUUUUGGUGGUUAUCGAGCCUUUGUUGAUUGAUGAGGAUUACUAUGCUCGUGUUGAAGGUAGAGAGAUCAUCUCAAAUCUGAGCAAGGCUGCUGGGUUGGCCACUAUGAUUGCUGCAAUGCGUCCAGAUAUUGAUAACAUAGAUGAGUACGUCAGAAACACCACUGCAAGAGCUUUUAGUGUUGUUGCGUCUGCCCUUGGGAUUCCUGCUCUGUUACCAUUCUUGAAAGCUGUCUGUCAGAGUAAGAAAUCAUGGCAAGCUCGGCACACUGGUAUCAAGAUUGUGCAGCAGAUUGCUAUUUUAAUAGGGUGUGCAGUUCUUCCCCACUUGAGAUCCCUUGUUGAGAUCAUUGAGCAUGGGCUUAAUGAUGAAAAUCAGAAAGUCAGAACAAUAACUGCUCUGUCUUUGGCUGCUCUUGCUGAGGCUGCUGCCCCAUAUGGUAUUGAAAGUUUUGACUCUGUGUUGAAGCCUCUAUGGAAGGGCAUCAGAUCACAUCGUGGGAAAGUACUUGCCGCUUUCCUUAAGUCCAUUGGUUUCAUCAUACCACUCAUGGAUGCUAUGUAUGCUAGCUACUAUACAAAGGAAGUUAUGGUUAUUCUGAUUCGUGAAUUCCAGUCUCCAGAUGAAGAAAUGAAGAAGAUUGUGCUCAAAGUGGUGAAGCAGUGUGUGAGUACAGAAGGUGUAGAGGCAGAAUACAUUAGAAAUGAUAUUCUUCCUGAGUUCUUCCGCAAUUUUUGGGUUCGAAGGAUGGCCUUGGAUAGAAGAAAUUAUAAGCAACUUGUGGAGACAACGGUUGAGAUAGCUAACAAAGUUGGGGUUGCUGAUAUAGUUGGAAGGAUUGUUGAAGACCUGAAAGAUGAAAGUGAGCCUUAUAGAAGGAUGGUAAUGGAGACAAUUGAGAAGGUGGUUGCCAACUUGGGGGCAUCCGAUAUUGAUGCUCGCUUGGAAGAGCUAUUAAUUGAUGGCAUUCUUUAUGCCUUCCAAGAACAAACAAGUGAUGACGCCAAUGUUAUGCUCAAUGGUUUUGGUGCUGUUGUGAACUCCCUUGGCCAGAGAGUGAAGCCAUAUCUUCCCCAGAUAUGUGGUACCAUAAAAUGGCGUCUUAACAAUAAGAGUGCGAAAGUGAGACAACAAGCAGCAGAUCUUAUAUCUAGGAUCGCUGUGGUUAUGAAACAGUGUGGAGAAGAACAACUGAUGGGCCAUCUUGGUGUUGUGUUGUACGAGUAUCUAGGGGAGGAAUAUCCAGAGGUUUUAGGUUCAAUAUUGGGUGCUCUCAAGGCCAUUGUCAAUGUUAUUGGUAUGACUAAGAUGACUCCACCUAUCAAAGAUUUACUUCCUCGGCUGACUCCUAUAUUGAAGAAUCGUCAUGAGAAAGUCCAAGAGAACUGUAUCGAUCUUGUUGGAAGAAUUGCUGAUCGUGGAGCUGAAUUUGUUCCUGCAAGGGAGUGGAUGAGGAUAUGCUUCGAGCUCCUGGAGAUGCUUAAAGCACACAAGAAGGGUAUCCGUAGAGCAACUGUCAACACUUUCGGUUACAUUGCUAAGGCCAUUGGGCCACAAGAUGUUCUCGCAACAUUGCUGAACAACCUCAAGGUUCAGGAACGUCAAAAUCGUGUGUGCACAACAGUGGCCAUAGCCAUUGUCGCAGAAACAUGCUCACCAUUCACGGUCCUUCCUGCAUUGAUGAACGAAUACCGAGUCCCGGAGCUCAACGUGCAGAAUGGUGUCCUGAAAUCACUUUCAUUCCUGUUUGAAUACAUUGGCGAAAUGGGAAAAGACUACAUAUAUGCAGUGACUCCUCUGCUGGAGGAUGCACUCAUGGACAGGGAUCUGGUUCAUCGGCAAACUGCGGCCUCAGCUGUGAAGCACAUGGCUCUUGGAGUUGCAGGUCUGGGGUGCGAGGAUGCUCUGGUCCACCUCCUGAACUAUGUCUGGCCUAACAUUUUUGAGACGUCGCCUCACGUCAUCAAUGCUGUCACGGAAGCCAUCGAAGGCAUGAGGGUGGCAUUGGGUCCUGCUGUUGUGCUAAACUACUGUCUGCAGGGGCUGUUCCAUCCAGCAAGAAAGGUUAGAGAAGUGUACUGGAAGAUCUAUAAUUCACUCUACAUCGGUGCUCAAGACGCGCUCGUUGCUUCGUAUCCUGUGCUCGAGGAUGAAGAGAGCAAUGUAUUCUCCAGGCCUGAACUGCAUAUGUUUGUCUGAUCCUGCAAUUUUUAUCGUUUUAGGAGACAUAAUUUUACUCAGAUUUUCUACGUGUCUUAUGUUUUGUAGAGGCCGUGUAGCUUUUAUAUGUGGAAUCAGUUUGAAUAAACUCUAUGUUCGUCUGAA